AUGGAUCUGGGCAGCAGCAGCAGCGAUUCCGCGCCCGACUGCUGGGACCAGGUGGACAUGGAAACCCCGGGUUUGGCCCCAAGCGGAGACGGAGCCUCCUCCGCGGUGGCCGAGGCCCAACGGGAGCAUCUCAGCUCGGCAUUCAGCCGUCAGCUCAACGUCAACGCCAAACCCUUCGUGCCUAAUGUACACGCCGCGGAGUUCGUGCCGUCCUUUCUGCGGGGCCCAGCCCAGCCGCAGACCCCCCUGGCCGACAUCACCAGCAUCGAUGAAACCUGCACCGGUGCGGGCGACCCUCAAGGUAAAAGGCUGGGACGGGAGGCACCUGUGGAACAUUCCAAAGAGGAACAGUUAGUGUGGCGUGAAGGUUCCAAUUCAGCCAUUACUAUGGAACUUUCAGAACCUGUUGUAGAAAAUGGAGAGGUGGAAAUGGUUCUAGAAGAAUCAUGGGAGCACAAUAAAGAAGUAAGUGAAGCUGAGCCAGGGGGUAGUUCCUUGGGAGAUUCAGGGCCCCCAGAAGAGAGUGGCCAAGAAAUGAUGGAGAAAGAGGAAGUGAGAAAAACUAAAUCUGUGGUUAUGCCCUCAGGUGCUCCUAAAAAAGAACACGUAAAUGUGGUAUUCAUUGGGCAUGUAGAUGCUGGAAAGUCAACCAUUGGAGGACAAAUUAUGUUUUUGACAGGAAUGGUUGACAAAAGGACACUUGAGAAAUAUGAGAGAGAAGCUAAAGAAAAAAACAGAGAAACUUGGUAUUUGUCCUGGGCCUUAGAUACAAAUCAGGAAGAACGAGACAAGGGUAAAACAGUAGAAGUGGGUCGUGCCUAUUUUGAAACAGAAAAGAAACAUUUCACCAUUUUAGAUGCUCCUGGCCACAAGAGUUUUGUCCCAAAUAUGAUUGGUGGUGCUUCUCAAGCUGAUUUGGCUGUACUGGUAAUCUCUGCCAGGAAAGGAGAAUUUGAAACUGGAUUUGAGAAAGGUGGACAGACAAGAGAACAUGCGAUGUUGGCAAAAACAGCAGGGGUAAAACAUUUAGUAGUGCUUAUCAAUAAGAUGGAUGAUCCCACAGUAAAUUGGAGCAGUGAGAGAUACGAAGAAUGUAAAGAAAAACUGGUGCCCUUUUUGAAAAAAGUCGGCUUUAGUCCCAAAAAGGACAUUCACUUUAUGCCCUGCUCAGGGCUGACUGGGGCAAAUAUUAAAGAGCAAUCAGAUUUUUGCCCUUGGUACACUGGAUUACCAUUUAUUCCAUAUUUGGAUAAUAUGCCAAACUUCAACAGAUCAAUUGAUGGACCAAUUAGACUGCCAAUUGUGGAUAAGUACAAGGAUAUGGGUACUGUGGUCCUGGGAAAGCUGGAAUCAGGAUCCAUUUUUAAAGGCCAGCAGCUUGUGAUGAUGCCGAACAAGCACAAUGUGGAAGUUCUUGGAAUUCUUUCUGAUGAUGCUGAAACUGAUUAUGUAGCCCCAGGUGAAAACCUUAAAAUCAGACUGAAGGGAAUUGAAGAAGAAGAGAUUCUUCCUGGAUUCAUACUUUGUGACCCUAAUAAUCUGUGCCAUUCUGGACGCACAUUUGAUGUUCAGAUAGUGAUUAUUGAGCACAAGUCUAUCAUCUGCCCAGGCUAUAAUGCGGUGCUGCACAUUCAUACUUGUAUUGAGGAAGUUGAGAUAACAGCCUUAAUCUCCUUGGUAGACAAAAAAUCAGGAGAGAAAAGUAAGACACGACCCCGCUUUGUGAAACAAGAUCAAGUGUGCAUUGCCCGUUUAAGGACAGCAGGAACUAUCUGCCUCGAAACAUUCAAGGAUUUUCCUCAGAUGGGUCGUUUUACUUUAAGAGAUGAGGGUAAGACCAUUGCGAUUGGAAAAGUUCUGAAACUGGUCCCAGAGAAGGACUGA